CUCAUUUUUGAAACAUUUCAGGCAAGUCACGUGGCAUAACAUUUCAUCCAAGCAAGUCUAUUAAUUCUGGCAGCAGUCAGAGAAAGUUUCAGAGCUUCUGGAAUCCGGCAGAUGUACUGUUUCCUUAGGGCUUUGGGAAGCACGGCAUUAUUUGCAGGCUCACGAUCCAGUUUUCUUCCAAAAGCUUUGAUGUUUGCAAUGGAUCAUCCUAACACAACACAAUCCCUGCCGGCUGUGGAGAGCUCUGACUCUCUUGCUUCCCCGUCUAAGAAGAAUGGAGGUAGUGGCAAUGAAUACUUUUAUAUCCUGAUUGUCAUGACCUUCUAUGGAAUCUUUCUAAUGGGAAUCAUGCUAGGCUAUAUGAACUCCAAGAGGAAAGAAAAGAAAUCUAACUUGCUGCUGCUUUAUAAAGACGAGCAGAGGAAAUGGGGACAAGCUGUUAAGUCUUUGCCAACAGUCUCAGGACUGAGGUCUGUCCAGUUUCCAAUGAUCAGCAUGCUGCAAGACAGCAUGGUACCGGCUUUUUCCUGUACCUUGUGUUCCUUGGAGGGAAACAGUGAAUCUUCCUUGCCAGAUGUUCACCUCACUAUUGAAGAAGAAAUGGCUGCUGAUGAAACAGGAGAAUCGACUGAAGCAGCCCUUCUCAAGGACAGUAGCGAAGGCUCUUCAGAAAGCAUCCAUCAACAUUCCUAGCAUUUCCAGGCUCUGAAGACUCAACAUCUUUUGAAAAAUUAUAAUCAGUUUUGCUUCUGGCAUUGAUCUAUUCAUCAUCAGGAUCGGUCAUUAUUUUGUCGGAAGAUGGAAAGAAAAGUAAUAAGCCCAAAUAUAAUAUAUAACAGAACGGCUUGGUUACUAAAGACAGAGAAGGAUUUUUUUUUCUUUGAAGGAAAUAUUCUGGCUUUCCUUCAGCUUAUUUCUGAAUGUACAAAUGUGAAAGUAGUGGUGAUAUAUAUGUGACUGUUUUAUGAAUAACUAGUGAUUUGAUAACUAAUGCCACAAAUAUUUUACCCUAUUAAAUGUCUCAAUGAGACAUUCCUAGUCUCAAAAUGACUAAACAGCAAUAAUACAGAGCAAAAAUUAAUCUUUGCUCACUCAGUGACUAAGCGGCAGUCCACUUGAACGAUUUCCUAACUUUCAGAUAUGUAUAAUUGUGUAGAAUAAAUAAAUUUAUACAGAUAUCUGAGCAGCAACUGGGAAGGGGGCAUGACAAUGAAAUGGCUUGAAACAACAGCACUUGUAACUCUAAGUAUAUAACAACAAACAAUAACCGCUAUUUUUGUUGUUAUUGUUUAUCCCAAAUAGAACAGCUGUGGAAGUAAAUCCUACAUUAAUGUUAAUUUCUAGAUCAGUAAGCAUUGUAUAAAACUGAUGAUUUAGUUCUAUUAAUCAGCUCAACAUCCUGGUCAUUCUGAACGAGUCAUGAAUCACAAAAAGACCAGGGGCUAUAAUGCCCAAUUAAGAUAUAACUGCACCAAAAACAGGCCCGGUAUGGCGACUUGGAUGUUCUUGGUCUGUAGCUAUCAUUAUUGCAGCUCUUCAUUAAUUCAUAAUGAGUAUAAAACAUUGCUCUUAAACAUGGUGAGUUUCUGGUUCUGGAUUUCUGGUUUAAAUAAUAUAUUCAUUUUAGAAAGUAUUCAAACCAUAGCUCAGGAAUUUUUAAAUGAUAAUUGUUACAGUAUUUUACAAAAACAUUAGUUAAAACAUUACAUGGGUUUUAAAAAGUUAUACAUG